CUGUUCUUGCUAGAAAGUAUCAUGACAGUUGGCGCAGGUAGCAGUGGAUCACGCAUCAAUAAUCGGUGUUCGAAAAGUGCAAGAUAUAAUACAGGCAAAUCUCGUAUCAGUCAUUUCGGAAGCAGUAUUUCAAAAGAGUGUACAGUGCUUGGUAGUCAACCAUUAUGUAGUUUGCCGGGUGGAUCAAAAGGAGAAAUAAAACACCGUUUUGAAAUAACCAAAAAGUUGGGUUCUGGCACUUAUGGAAAAGUUUCGCUUGCUUAUGAUCAUAAGACUGAAAGAGAGAUUGCUGUAAAACUCAUUAAGAAAAGUGCUAUCGAAAACAAGCAGGAUUUGGCGAGAAUCCGGAGAGAAAUUAGAAUAAUGUCCGCAUUGAAGCAUCCUAAUAUCAUACAAAUUUUUGAAGUUUUCGAAAAUAGAGAUAAAAUCAUACUUGUGAUGGAGUAUGCUAGUGGAGGAGAACUGUAUGAUUAUGUGAGCACAUAUGGAUCUCUUCCAGAACCUGAAGCUCGUCGAAUUUUUCGUCAAAUCACAUCAGCAGUGCUUUAUUGCCACAAACAUAAAGUUGCGCACAGAGACUUGAAAUUGGAAAAUAUUCUUUUGGAUGUGGAUAACAAUGCUAAGAUUGCUGACUUUGGGCUUUCUAAUUAUUUUUCUGACAAAAAUUUACUGAAUACAUUUUGUGGUAGUCCACUUUAUGCUUCCCCUGAAAUAAUAAAUGGAACACCGUAUAGAGGCCCUGAGGUUGAUUGUUGGAGCUUGGGAAUACUUUUAUACACACUUGUUUAUGGUUCAAUGCCAUUUGAUGGUCGCGAUUUCAAUCGAAUGGUUAGACAAAUUAAGCGUGGCGCAUAUUUUGAGCCUGAUACGCCAUCAACUGCCUCAAUGUUGAUAAGAAAUAUGUUGCGAGUGAACCCAGAGAGGCGAGCAGAUAUUGAUGAAAUUGCUAGUCAUUGGUGGCUAAAUCUUGAUGAAAACAUGCCGAUAAUUCAAGAGCUUCCAGAGAAUCAGAUAAUCGAUCACACUCCUUUAACAGAACGAGCAGAAACAAUGGUUGUACAAGAUUUGGUGGAUGAAGCUGAUAUAUUUAUGGAUUUUGGUUAUUUGAGUGCUUCUACUAGGCUAAAAAUUGAAGAAUUUAGAAGACGACGUAAGGAAACAGUAGAGUAUAUUGAAAGUUCCCCGAUAAAACCACCAAAGACAAGAAGAACGGAUGGCACUGAAAUAGAAGCACUAACAGUAGCAGAAAAAAGUUUAUGUUAUGACUAUAAAGUUAAUAAGGAAAGAGAACGGGGACGACCUAUCGCGGAUGAUUCAGAUACAUAUCAAGAACCACUAGAGCGGUUGAAACAGCUUGAAUCAAGACUUCAGGCUAAAGAUAACCAAGUGGAUCGAAAAUUGUCAAAGUCACUAUACACGGCGUUCACAAAUAAAGAAGCCUGUCGCAGCAACUUUUUCUCUACAGAAAAUGCCGACCCCAGAACAAAAUAUAAAAAUGAUAAACAAAGUCCAGAGCAAUCUGAAGAUUCAGUUACUUCAAAGUUAGAGAUCAGGAGAAAAUCUAAAGGGAUAAGCAAUGAAACUGCUAAACCUUCGUUUGUUCCUCUUGAUUCAAAAAAUAUAGCUACGUCAUACAAGUCAGCUAUGGAAAUAUGGCAUUUGGAGACCGAUUUGUUGAAUAUGCUUAUGAAUCAGGCAUUUUUCAAAUCAUGUGUUGCAUCAGUACUGGAACAGAUAGAAAAAGGAUCGGUCAGCAUGACUUUAGUAGCUCGGAUCAAAUCAAAUCCACUUUACGAUUCUCGUCCGAUGGUAAAAGAAUUACUGGAAUCUAUCAUUGCCGCUCAACCAACAUCCAUUCAAAAGCAGGCUUCAAAAUUAAUUUUACAAAAAUCUCAAGAAUUGAUCAAACGCCAGAAUGUCGCAGCAGUGGCAAUAGGAGCAAAGCGAAGUAAUAAAGUAUCCGAAGUAGUCGUAGAAUCACAACCUGUCAAGAUGGAGGACAGAAGAGAACUUGGAAAAUAUCAAACAGUCAAUGCAUCUCAAUGUAGUGCAGAAGCAAAAUCUUUUGAAGAAAGACCCUGGCAUAGUGUUGAGGUGUUAAAUUAUUAUAUUUCAUUAUAAAU